CAGGAGAUCAGCCCGGAAGAAGCGCAGCUGUUGCAGGAAAAGCGAGCUUUCCUGCGGAGUCAGCGUGCCGUCGCGCGAUGCGAGUUGCGGGAGAGGAGAAAGUGGCUGCGUUGGGCAACUAGAACAAGCGGCGCUCCUUCUACUUGCGCAGUUGACACCACCACUACCUCAUCUCUUCUCGGAG